AUGACUUGGUGGACCCAGCUCACCCAAUUACAUCCAUAUGUCUCUAGCGCUGCUAAAGCCUCAUCACUUAUCCAUCCUGUGAUUAAGGUAGCUCACAGAAUCAUUGCUUCGCUCGUCGCCCCUAGAGAGGAGCGAAGCACCAUUAGCGCGCUGGAACUUAAAAUCCUUUAUGCAAUGACCCAUCCCGAGAAUAACCUCAUUCCUCAUUAUGGUCGGUUUCUGUGCCACAAGCUCAUCCGCCUUAGCGCAUCCCGAUCAGGAAAGAUUGUUUGCGGGGGUAUUGUCAGCAUGCUCGCCAAGAGCGCCCACAUCCGAGCCCCAUACCCCGGUCCCCACCAGCCACUGCCGGGUGAGCCUUAUCUCACCACUGCUAUCCUUGAGUCAAUGCGACUCUUCCGCUCAGCAGGCGAUGGUACACACCACUGGACCGUGGGUCAAAAUCAUGAUCCCAAGCUCCUCAUCACACCAGAAAAUAAAGGCAUUCUUGAUUUCCGAAAUCCCAUUCAUAUGACUGAUUGGCAAAUCAUUCCAUACAUCUUCCCCCACUCUUAUUCCACCGAGGUCGAUGAGCAAAGCGAAGAAAACGAGGAAGAAGGUGAUGAUGAUGAAGAGAGGAGGAGCCUCACCAUGCUUCUCCCACCGGUGGUGGCAGCUCAUCCCAUUUUGCGCACCCCCGCCUUAUCAUCAACAAUAUAUGGAUGA